AGGUGUAUGUAGGACAUGUUGAAUGGUGAUCAGCCCAACUUCAGGUACUACCAGUCGAGAAAUCCAAUCACCAUGCCAUUAGAGCCACUCAAACGAUCUCAGAUGAACACCACUCAAGAGAGAGUCUUCUUGGAGGCUGUGGAAAGGGGAGAUAAACCCACUGUCAUAAGAUGUCUACAAGACCCGUAUCCAGUUAAUGUAAACUGUACCAACAUGCUUGGACGCUCAGCUAUUCAAAUUGCAGUAGACAAUGAAAAUGUGGAACUUGUAGAAAUUCUUCUGAAGCAGGAAGGGGUUAAGAUUGGGGAUGCCCUAUUAUAUGCAAUCACAGAAGGGGUGUACAAAAUUGUAGAAAUGCUGAUUGAUCAUCCAAGUAUCACUUUAGAAAUGCUUGGACCUGACUGGUCAAAGUCUCAGAGGCGAGGUGAGGAAAGUUCGGAUUACUCCUCCGAUAUUUCACCCAUAAUCCUGGCAGCCCACUGUAAUCAGUUUGAGAUUCUCCAACUAAUUCUUCUUAGAGGAGCCAACAUCAAAUUCCCCCACAUGUUGUCGUGCUCCUGUCAGGAAUGCCAGGAACAGGUCAACGAGGAUAGUCUCAGACAUUCUCUGUUCCGCAUCAAUUCUUAUAAAGCUCUGGCCAGCCCUGCCUGGAUCUCUCUCACCAGCCCCGACCCCAUUCUCACGGCCUUCAAGCUAUCCUGGGAACUACAGAAGCUAGCCCUGACAGAGAAUGAAUUCAAAGACACCUACAUUCAGCUUAGUGACCAAUGUAAGAAGUAUGCAUGUGAUCUGAUGGACCAGUGUCGGAGCAGUGAAGAAGUGACCGCUGUUUUGAACAGGUGCUCUGACACGGAAGAAGAGGAGGAGGAAGAAGAAGGAAACUGUGCUCCUCUCCCAGAAAAGCUCACUCUGUCCAGACUCAAGCUGGCACUCAAAUAUGAACAGAAACAGUUUGUAUCCCAUCCCCACUGUCAGCAGUUAUUGACCUCCAUUUGGUAUGAGGGUCUUCCUGGAUGGAGAAAGAGGAAUGGUCUGACUAAGUUCCUGUUAUGUAUGGGGCUUAUACUGAUUGGUCCAUUCAUGGCUGUGUAUUACCUGAUCUUCCCGCGUAGCAAGAUAGGACAGCUCCUUCGGAGUCCUUUUAUGAAGUUUCUCUAUCACAGUGCCUCGUUUGGAGUGUUUCUGAUUCUCCUGGUGCUAUGUUCUACAGACAUCAGUAGUCCCAGUGAUAGAGGAAACAUACGGGGGCCUCCACCCUCAGAACUCGAGUGGCUCAUAUUUUUAUGGGUGAUGGGAUUUGUUUGGGCUGAGUGUAAGCAGCUCUGGGAGGAAGGACUGAAAGCCUACACUAGACAAUGGUGGAACUGGCUAGAUUUCUUGAUGCUCUCACUUUAUAUUGCGACAUUUUCCUUGCGACUUGUGGCAUAUGUACAGAUUGAAUCAGGUAAAUAUGGAGACAGGAAUAUUCCCAGGAAGGAUUGGCCCAUCAUUGAUCCUACUCUUUUAGCAGAAGGGCUGUUUGCAGUGGCCAAUGUUUUCAGCUUCUCAAGAAUCAUAUUCUUGGCUCAGGCUAAUCAGCAUCUAGGACCCCUCCAGAUCUCUUUGGGCUGCAUGUUGAUUGACAUAGGGAAAUUUCUCUUCAUUUUUUUCCUGGUGUUGACAUCCUUUGCGUGUGGAAUGACCCAGCUCUACUGGUACUACUAUAAUAGUCGUGUUCCUGAGGACCCAGUGGCAUUUGUAUCGCUGGGAGAGAGCUAUGCUACGUUAUACUGGUCAUUGUUUGGGAUCACAACAAAGCAUGACCUCAGAAUCCAGAAUGGUCAAAACUUUACUGAGAUGCUGGGUCGCUUGAUGUUCAUGUUGUAUCACUGUAUGGCCAUUAUUGUACUCAUAAACAUGUUAAUUGCCAUGAUGUCCAAUUCUUUCCAAAAUAUUGAGAACCAUGCUGAUAUGGAGUGGAAAUUUUCCCGUUCCAAGCUGUGGAUGGGUUAUUUUGAUGAGGGAUCCACCCUUCCUUCUCCUUUUAACCUCAUCAUCAGCCCUAAAUCUAUAUACUAUGCCAUCUGUUUUGUCAAGGACUUGCUCAGUAGCUGUGUAAAGGACAAACAGCAUUUCCGAAGACCUAAAAGACGUACAUCAGUGGGCAGUGUAAAGCCUGUUCCAAACCCAGUGCCAAGAAGAGAAUUUAUGGACAUAAACUCGAAAGGAGCAGUGCAGAUCUCAACCAGAAUAAAUAUUCAUUCUGAAAAACCACCAGCAGAGGUGAAGUAUCGACCCCCAUUAAGUGCCCAGACCAGUGUCAGAUCUAAUGAUGAAAUGCAUUACCAGGACAUAAUGCGAAGACUAGUCAGUCGAUACAUUCAUCAGUUUAAGAAGGAUAAACAGUUGGAUGGGGUAAAUGAAGAUGACCUGCUGGAAAUCAAACAGGACAUCUCCAGUUUGAGAUACGAAUUGAGAGAAGAUCGGAAAAGAGAAUCUUACCAGGCAGCGAAUCUGCUGCAGAGCACAAAACAAGAAAUCAUAUCACUCAUUCAAAAAUUUAACAUGACCAUUCACCCAUUACAAACUGGGGCAGGUCAAAGUCAGAGUCCCCUGAAUGUCUCCACAGACAGAGGUCAGACCAAUGACAGGGGUCAAGUGUUAUCUUCCAAUGACCUUGAGCAGUUAAAGGAGGACAUUAUCAGUGGAAUUUGUUCCAGGUUACAUGAUAAUAUACAGACAUUACAGGGAAUGGAAAGAUUGCCCUCUAUUGAUUCAGAUCUCUAUACUACCCACCUCUAUACACAACUGUAAUGUAAUGGAGGCUGUAAAACGCCUCUACACAUAACUGUAAUGUAAUGUAGGCUGUAAAACACCUCUACACAUAACUGUAAUGUAAUGGAGGCUGUAAAACACCUCUACACACAACUGUAAUGUAAUAUAGGCUGUUUAUACACCUCUACACAUAACUGUAAUGUAAUGGAGGCUAACACCUCUACACACAACUGUAAUGUAAUGGAGGCUGUAAAACACCUCUACACACAACUGUAAUGUAAUGUAGGCUGUAAAACACCUCUACACAUAACUGUAAUGUAACGUAGGCUGUAAAACACCUCUACACAUAACUGUAAUGUAAUGGAGGCUGUAAAACACCUCUACACACAACUGUAAUGUAAUGUAGGCUGUAAAACACCUCUACACAUAACUGUAAUGUAAUGGAGGCUGUAAACACCUACACACAACAGUAAUGUAAUGGAGGCUGUAAACACCUACACACAACAGUAAUGUAAUGGAGGCUGUAAACACCUACACACAACAGUAAUGUAAUGGAGACUGUGUGUACAUCUCUACACACAACUGUAAUUUAAUGGAAGCUGUAAACACCUACACAUAACUGUAAUGUAAUGGAGGCUGUAUAUACACCUCUAGUGACAUUUUCUUUUAAAUGCACUCUAAAUAUGUACAUUCAGUAUAACCAAAAAAAUAUUACUUUUAUUUGGGGUAACGUGAAAUUGUU